AUGGUGGUCUUCGUCGACUACGAGGAGGAUUCGUACGAUGACGCACAUCACCAUCGCCCGAAGGAUGUAGGAGCCGUGCUUCACUCCUACAUCCAGCCAGGCAAGAAUACCGUCAAGAAUACCGUCAAGAAUACAGUCAAGAAUACCGUUGUUUCGGCCGUGGCCACCAAGUAUACCGACACAAUCAACCCGGCUCGUGAUUCUGCAGAGCAUGUCGUCGAGUCGCAGUCGGGAACCCCCAAUCUAAACGCUUUUGGUCGUUGUUUGAGUUGCUAUCCUGUCGUUAGGGAACUCGCUCGGUACUUAGACUUGAACAGCCUCGACGCGCUCUCCAGAACAUGCCUGCAAUACAGAGCCAAUCUAAUGCCAUUCCGUGACCAACUCAUCAAGCGCACCUUACGUUGUGAUAACGAGUACAUACAAACGCUGAACGAGCUUUUGGCAAAGGGGACUGCGAUUCCAGAAAGCCUUAAACAUGUUAUCCAGCUGAUAAACCAAGACGGUCUGGAGGCCGGAAGACUUACGAGUGGCAGGGUGGGAAAAUGUGCUCGCGACAUGGUAGGCGAGUGUCGGAGAUGUUCCAGGGUGACUUGCAGGAACUGUACAAUUAAGCCUCCCAGCGCUGUGAUGCUGAGAAAUCGACUCCGUCGUCUUUGCACUGUUUGUUGUACAGCACCAUUGAAAUAUCACCUUUCUCCGGAACAUCGUCUUUCGUCGGGCAAUCAUCCUUCGACGGAAACUUGGAACCCACAAUCAAAUCAUGGUUUAGAUAAUGGAGAUAUUGACGAUACCGCAUUCACAUAUCCAGCAUUUGUGCGCAGCCCAUGUCAGUGCGAAAAUGCGGUUUGGUUAUGUCAGGCUUGCGGCCACUCACUACGCAACGACGAUAGGACCUAUCGACGAGUAUGGACGUGGCGUACUCGCUAUAGCACGUAUCUUGGUGUUGGUCUAGGUACUGGGAUUGGAGAGGGUUGCCAGGGCGUGAAAUGCGGGAAAGGCAAAGACUGUCUGGCUGCGCAGGUGAUUGAAGUGGAAGUCGACUGCGAGGCAAAUGACUCGACAGUGUCCAUUCCAAAUCAUCACAAUCACAGCCAUGGGCAAACCACCAGUAACGAGGGAGACUCCUCUUCCAGCCAUCAACACGACGAUUCGCCGGGGUACCUCCGACAAGAAAUCGUCGGCAUCGGUGGUGUGGUCAAGCAGAAGUUUAAGAAAAGGGUGACAAUCGGCGCAUGCGUGGAGGAGCAUGAAGACGAGCGCGAAAGCGGCAAAUACCUGCACCGCGAAGAAGACGGUCAAGACAGGAGCUGGUGUGGGUGGUGUUGGAGGGUUGUUCCCAGUCGGAAAGACUGCCAAGUAUGA